AUGACAUAAACUAUUGUUAGUUAUAUUAGAAAAGUGGUUGUUAUUAUUGAAAUAAAAAAAUGUACAAGAUUGUUUUAAUCAAUUUAUUCAUAGUGUAUAUAAUAUAUAUAAACUGUGAUCAAACACCAACCCCUCCGCAGGAAUUUAAAUGUAUGAAAGAAUUUUAUACAAAAUAUUGUGUUGAAAAAGAUCCGAAUAUUUUCAAAAAAUUAAACAAAUGUGAAGAGAAAAAUCCUAAAGAGAUUAGAGAAAUUGAAAUGAAAUGCGUACAAAAAGUACGGAAAGAGCAGGGAAAGGGAGAUGGACUACCAUCUGAUCAGGAAUAUCAGGCACUUGAAUGUGACGCCCACUGGGGUGAGAAGUUUGAAAAAUGUAUGAAUGAAAGCCUGACCGACCAAGAGAUGGCCAAACUUGAGAAACUAUAUCCGCCGCCGAAAUUGGAUAAUAUUGCCAAAGAAAUUAUGCAUUGCGAUUGUGAUGUAUAUGGUAUUAAACAUGACUAGUAUAUUACAGUACUUACAGUAUAAACCUUUGCAAUAAU